UGGAACGAGAGCCCUAUAAAUCGAAGAAGAAGAAGAAGAACAAGUGCUUGCGUAGUUGCUUGCCAUCAAAACCAGUCUGAGCAUCGGGAAAGGUAAGGUCACAGUUGCACCAGCUAGCCAUGGACGUUUACGGGCGUGAGCGCUACGGCGGGUACGGGAUCGCGACGCCGGGGUACGCGCCGCCGGUGCCGUACGGGAUGUCCCAGGUGAACAUCGAGGGCAACGGCUGCGGGCGCCCGCUGCCGCCGCAGCCCACCGUUAAGGUGUACUGCCGCGCCAACCCCAACUACGCCAUGACCAUCAGCAACGGCAAGGUCGUCCUCGCGCCGGCCAACCCCAAGGACGACUACCAGCACUGGAUCAAGGACAUGAGAUGGAGCUCGACGAUCAAGGACGAGGAGGGCUACCCUGCCUUUGCCCUGGUGAACAAGGCAACAGGGGAGGCUAUCAAGCACUCCCUCGGCCAGUCCCACCCUGUUCGUCUGGUGCCGUACAACCCGGAGUACCUGGACGAGUCGGUGCUGUGGACGGAGAGCCGCGACGUCGGCAAUGGCUUCCGCUGCGUCCGCAUGGUGAACAACAUCUACCUCAACUUCGACGCCCUCCACGGCGACAAGUGGCACGGCGGCGUGCGCGACGGCACCGAGAUCGUGCUCUGGAAGUGGUGCGAGGGCGACAACCAGCGCUGGAAGAUCCAGCCCUACUACUGAUCAUGAGAUUGAGCCCUGUACGCAUGGACCACGGCGACGUACGUAUAUAUAUAGCAUCCGUAUUUCUGCUGGAGUGCAGCAUGUAUGGACCAGAUAUAAACAACUCGAUCGAUCUCGCGUUACAUCUUAACAUGAUAGAAUAAUUGAGCUUUGUCCUCCUUUCUGUAUGAUAAAGCAGGAGACAAGAGCUACUUAUAGUCAUAAUAAGUUGCAACUGUACUUAUAUGCAUUCUGUAUCAUCUUAACAUGAUAGUAUACGUUGCAACUGUACGUGCGUGUAAUAAUAAGUUGUGGCACAAUGAAAUAUCCUCGGUGUGUUUGGCCCUGCAAUAGGUUGUGCUUCAUGAGAAUGAAAAGUUGCAACCUGCAAGAGAGGACAAAUGAAAAGAAGCAGUUUUACAUA